AACCACUAUCAACAUUCAACAAGCAAGCUGCAAGCAGUUUGCAUAGAGUUUAGCAAAGGAAGCCAUCUUCACUCAUAGAAGAUCUCUAACACACCCUCAUCAUGGAGCUUGAAGAAGUCAGUCCAGUUGCCGGACCGUCAAAGAAGCACAAAAAACACAAGAAGAAACACAAGCAUCGCAGGGAGUCGGACCAUGGGGACCGCGGGAUUGUUUCCCCGAAGACAUCGAUCAAGCUCAAGCUGAAAAUAGGACGGGAAACUAUGGGCACGAAAAAUGUAAUGUCGAUCAUCCAGGCACCCCCGGAUGAUGAGGUCCACCCACCACAAGGAGGAGAGAAACUUCCUAAAAAGGGCACAAACGACGAUGAUGACAUUUCUGACGAGGAGAAGUGGCUGGAUGCGUUGGAGAAAGGGACUCUGGAUAGCUACGGAGAGCUGAGCAAAAAGGAUCCAGCGUUACUCACCACCAGACAGAGAGCUCUCCUUCACGGCAGCCAGCAGGAUGAGUUGUUGCAGCUCCCCUCGGGCUACAAGACCGUGGAGCUGACUGAUGAGCAGAAAAGACGACGGCAGGAAAAGGCCAAACGGAGGAGACAGCAGGCCAACGAAAAGAUUGAAAACGACAAGAAUGAGACGGUGAACAAACUCCUCAAGAAACAGGAGAGCAAACUGAAGAGAGCAGGAAAG